AUGGCUUCCAUCCUCAACGCUGGUCAGCAGGGCCUCAACUUUUCGAGGUCAUCCGCUUCCGCCUCGUCCUCGUCCUUGAUCCAACCUGACUCGGCGCUUGGCAAGCUGCUUUCAAUCGUCGACCUCACCCGUAUUCCCUCGCUUCAGGAGGCCGACCGUACCACUGUUGUGUUCGCCGUACUCGCCGUCGUUGCCACGCUUCUCCUUGCCGAGCAGUACAACUAUCAGAAGAAGAAGGCGCAUCUGCCAGGUCCCAAGUGGACCAUCCCCAUCAUCGGCAAGUUUGCCGACUCGCUCCACCCCUCGCUCGAAAAGUACCAGGAGGGCUGGAACUCAGGCCCUCUCAGCGCUGCUAGCGUGUUCCACAUCUUCAUCGUCAUCGCCUCGUCCAACGAGUAUGCCCGUAAGAUCCUCAACAGCCCUACUUACGCGGAGCCAUGCCUUGUCGCCUCGGCCAAGAAGGUGCUUUGCGCGGACAACUGGGUCUUCCUCAACGGCAAGACCCACGUCGACUACCGAAAGGGACUCAACACGCUCUUCACUCGUAAGGCGCUCGGUAUCUACCUUGGUAUCCAGGAGACCAUCUACAAGCGCUACUUUGACGAAUGGCUCGCCGAUGCCAACCCCAACCCUCAGCCUUACAUGAUGAAGUUCCGUGACCUCAACAUGGAGACCUCGCUCCGCGUCUUCUGUGGCAACUACAUCUCGGAUGAGGGCGCCAAAGAGAUUUCGGACAACUACUGGCUCAUCACCGUCGCUCUCGAGCUCGUCAACUUCCCCUUUGCAUUCCCAGGUACCAAAGUUUACAACGCUAUCCAGGCGCGCAAGACCGCCAUGAAGUGGUUCGAGCUUACUGCUCGCGAGAGCAAGAAGCGCAUGGCGGAAGGCGAGGACGUUACUUGUCUGACGGAUGCUUGGAUUAAGGCCAUGAUUGAUGCCCGCCUGCAGAAGGAGAACGCCGACCUGGAGGCCGAGACCCGCCGGGUCCUCGUGCGGGACUUUUCGGACCGCGAGAUCGGUAUGGUUCUGCUCAGCUUCCUGUUUGCCUCGCAGGACGCCAUGUCGUCUGGCCUCACCUACCUCUUGCAGCACGUCGCUGACCGCCCCGAGAUCCUGCAGAAGGUGCGUGAAGAGCAGUACCGCAUUCGUGGCGACGACAUCAACGCUCCUCUCACCUACGACGCCAUCGAGCAGAUGGACUACACCAAGGCCGUUGUCAAGGAGUCUCUGCGUAUCAAGCCGCCUGUCAUUAUGGUGCCUUACCUCAACCACAAGGACUUCCCCAUUGACAAGAACUACACAGUGCCGAAGGGUAGCAUGGUGAUUCCCAGCUUCUGGAACUCGCUGCACGACGAAAACGUAUACCCCAAGCCGGACGAGUUCAAGCCCGAGCGAUGGCUCGACGAGGCCGACCCGGCGCAGAAGAACCCCAAGAACUACCUUGUCUUCGGCAGCGGACCUCACAACUGUAUCGGCCAGCAGUACGCCAACAUGCACCUGACUGCGGUGCUGGGUACCGCCAGUGUGCUGAUGAACUGGGAGCACGAGGUGACACCGCUCAGCGAAAAAGUCGAGGUGAUUGCCACCAUCUUCCCCAAGGACGGUGCCAAGAUGAAGUUCUCGCGUCGUGCUGCCCCUGCGCCUGGAACUGCUCCCGAAGUGGCUGCUCGCGCUUGA